UGAUCUUGCACCGCCCUCAGUACAUGUGAGGCUGCGGGAAGAGGAGCAGGGUCUGAGUCGAUCCUCUGAGAUUGGUACCCAGGCCAGGCACCAUGCCCUUGUUCCGGACGAGACUGCCUAGCCCCUAUGGCUCUGAUCGGCUGGUACGGCUAGCAGCCAGGCUCCGGCCAGCACUGUGUGAUGCCCUGAUCACUGUGGGGAGCCAGGAAUUCCCUGCCCACAGCCUGGUGCUGGCAGGUGCGAGCCAGCAGCUGGGCCGCAGGGGCCGCUGGGCUCUGGUGAAAGGCAUCAGCCCUUCUACCUUUGCCCAGCUUCUGUAUUUUGUUUAUGGGGAGACUAUAGAGCUGCAGCCUGGGGAACUGGGGCCCCUUGAGGAAGCGGCCAGGGCCUUGGGGGUGCAGUCCCUGGAAGACGCUUGCAGGAGGGCUCGGUGGGAUGGGGUUAGAGAGCUGGGUCCAGGGCUGAGGGAACAUCAGGAGGAGCCAGAGAAACCCACAAGGGAUUCUGAGAGAGGACGGGGGGGACCUGGAGAGCAGAGACCAGAAAAAUUUGUUAGCACCGGUGGAAGAGAAUGGGAGACACUGUAUGAGCAAAGGCCACCAAGAGAGAGCCCUGAGCUAGCAGAGCCAAUGCAGGAGGGUCGGGGGGAGCAGAUGAGAUCAAAGGAGAAAAUCAAGCAAUCCCCUCUUGGCCGUGGGGGAAUAGAUGGAAAGCAAGAAGUGAUUAUGUGGGUGACAGAGAGUCCAGGGGUCUCUGAGGAAAGACUACGGGAGUUCCCUGGCCCCCUUCCCCCACCAGGUUCCCUCCAAACCAGCAUCAUCCCUAGGCCCUGGUGGGCUGAGACCCCUUGGUUCGGGGAGGGCCAGCCUGCCCUGUGGAGCAUCCUGCUGUUGCCACCCAGAUAUGGCACCCCCUUCUCCCAUAGCACCCCCAUCACUGGAGCCUGGCAGGAGGUCUGGCCUCAGGACCAGAGGAUCCCACUGUCCCUGAAUGCUGAGAAAGGUCUCUGGAACCAGAAUCAGUCGGGCUCCUCCAGUCCUGCCCCAGGUGCACUUGCAACCCGUGUGGAUCAGGUGAGCACAGCAGGCCCACCUCACCAACAGCCUCCUCCACCCCCUCCUGCUCGGUCUCGGCCCUAUUCUUGUUCUGUCUGUGGAAAGAGGUUCUCACUCAAGCAUCAGAUGGAGACACACUACCGAGUCCACACAGGAGAGAAGCCCUUCUCCUGUAGCCUAUGUCCCCAGCGCUCCCGGGACUUCUCAGCCAUGACCAAACACCUGCGGACGCAUGGGGUCGCACCCUACCGCUGCCCUCUGUGCCGGGCCGGCUGCCCCAGCCUAGCCUCCAUGCAGGCGCACAUGCGCGGCCACUCGCCCAGCCAGCUCCCACCUGGAUGGACCAUUCGCUCCACAUUCCUCUACUCCUCCUCUUCGAGGCCAUCCCGGGCCUCGACUUCUCCCUGUAGAUCCCCUUCUUCCACCACCUGACAGUGUCGGUACCUUCUUUGGCUUCACCCAACAACACAAUAAAAGAAUGAGAGACGGGCCGCCGGGCUGGCUAGGCUUCUGACCCGGCACCGCAGGUACGGCAGCCUAGCGUGUUUGGGUCCAAGAAGCACCGCAGCCAAGGGUGCCGGGAGCCUUCUCCCGGAUGACCGCGGGCCCUAGAAGCCUGGGCAAGCGAGUCCGUGUGGGGUGUGGGCAGUGCAGUUUGCAUGAAU